UGUUUGUAAACUUCCACUUUUCCACUUAAAAUCCAUCCCUGGGUUUUGCGCUGUCCCUGAGCGUGCCCAAGGCCAGGCUGGACAGGGCUUGGAACAGCCCGGUGUGGAACGGGAUGGGUUUUCAGGGCCUUCCCAACCCGAACCAUUCCAGAAUUCCCUGAAAUUCGAGGAGCGAAAAGGUCCCUCAGGAGGAGGUGGAAGCGCAUGGAAACCCCCGGGGCAGCCGUGGUGCUGCCUUGCCCGGUGUGGGUGAGCCGCUGGAUCUCCCGGUGUGUCCACGUGCAUCCCGAGCGGAAUCCCGGCUGCUGCAGUGCCAGGGAGCCCUAAUUAUCCUCCUUCCUUUAAUUCUCCCGGGGCCGCUUCAGCCACCCAAAACCAGCUCGUGGCAGAGCUCCUGUCGACGUGAGUGUUCCCUGGCAGAGCUCAGGAAAGAAGAGCCGGAGUUUUCCGUGUGCAGGGUGACACUCAAGAGGGAAAAGUGGCUGGGAAAGAAGAGCUGCGGUGCCCUGGGAGCUGCAGGCAGCAUUCCCACAUCUCCAGUGGCAGGACAAGGGGAAACGGCUUCCAGCUGCUAGAGAACAGGGUUAAGUGGGAUAUUGGGGUGAAAAUUCCUCCUCAGAAGGCAGUGAGGCACUGGGAUGGAUUUUCCAGAGGAUCCCCCAUCCCUGGAGGUGUCCAAGGCCGGGUUGGACAGGGUUUGGAGCAGCCUGGGAUAGUUGGAGGUUGCACAUGGCAGGGGGGGAGGCUGAAUGAGCCUCACGGUCCCUUCCAGCCCAAACCAUUCCGUGAUUCUGUGACCUCCACGUGUCUGGCUGGAGGGACUGGAGGUAGUAGCAUUUCUGAGGUUUUGUUUUGUCAGGAAUUUGGUCUGAGGACAGCGUUACGGGGACCGGUGGUUUUCGGUCCCUUGUCCCUAGCCAGGCUUUUACUUUUGUUCUCAAACCCUAAGCAGUGGAGGUGCUUCAUCUUAACAUGAGUGAAAGUGAGAGAGUGAUCAAGCUGGAGCUUUUUGGUGUAAUUUCUGUAGAUUUCAUCAUCUUGAAACUGCAGCGCUGCUGCAUCUGUGUAGAAUCGUCUAAAAUCUAAAAUGAGGCUUUUUUUUAAUGAAAAAAACACCUUUCCAUGGUCUCUAAAUGAAAGGAAAAGUCACUUUGUAAAACAGGUUUUAUUGCUGUCUGGGAGGGGAAAAUCUGGUUGAGGAUCUGACUCCUGCAGCGUCCUCGAGCUGGGGGAGCUGUCAGGAUCCUUCCAGGAGACAAAGAUGGGAUUCCAUAGGCACAGGAUACAGACAGAGAACACAAGAACAGGUUUGGAAACUUCCUCAGAGCCACAGAUGGGGAGAUUUGAGAUUCCACGGGCGAGUUCAGCCUGUCAGAAGCUGCUGCUGCUGUGCCAGAGACCAGGAUAUAUCCAGGGAUAUCCAGUAGAGCCCCCGUGGAUCAGGCAGAGCCUUGAGGGCUCUGCAGUGAAACUGAGCCUCCACAUUGCCCAUCAGUGCUGCUGGGAAACUUCUAGAACCUGUUCCACAGUGCUGGAAUAACGAUUGCCAUCGGAAUGUGGGGACUGGAAGAGCCAGAGGAGCCGUGGGGGUGGCCGUGGCUGCUCAGGAAGUCCCCAAAACACAGAUGGAUGGGACAGAGGAAAUCCUCACUGGAACGGAGCGCUGGGAACCACCCAGGAUGGAGCACGUUUAAAUUCCCUUUUUCCAAAUCCCAUGGGGGUGCUGGAUAACCAAAACACCCUUGGCACGAGGCUGAGCUCCCUCGGGAUUCGGGUAACAGGUGGUGGGUCAGUGCCUGCGAGAGGAGAUUUUCCGUGGGUGUGUGGGAACACUGGGAGCACGUGCACGGCUCCCCACGGGGGCUGCUGCUGUGUGGGGUUGUCUCCUGGGAAUCUCCGUGUGGGCAGGAGACAAAAAGCAGCUGCGGCUUCCGCCUCAUCCCAACUCUCCGGCGGGUCCUGCCUUACUGGUUGGAACGGGCAGCCUGCCUCUGCAAAGUGGUACGACCGGAGGGACUACGUCUUCAUCGAGUUCUGUGUUGAAGACAGCAAAGACGUAAAUGUAAAUUUUGAAAAGUCCAAACUCACGUUCAGCUGUCUUGGAGGAGGCGAUAACUUUAAACAUUUAAAUGAAAUCGAUCUUUUUAAUAAUAUCGAUCCAAAUGAAUCAAAGCAUAAAAGAACAGACAGAUCCAUCUUGUGUUGUUUACGAAAAGGAGAGUCUGGUCAGGCAUGGCCAAGGUUAACAAAAGAGAGGGCAAAGCUCAACUGGCUCAGCGUGGACUUCAACAACUGGAAAGAUUGGGAAGAUGAUUCAGAUGAAGACAUGUCCAAUUUUGAUCGCUUUUCUGAGAUGAUGAACAACAUGGGAGGAGACGACGACGUAGACUUGCCAGAAGUAGACGGGGCAGAUGAUGACUCACCAGACAGUGAUGAUGAAAAAAUGCCGGAUCUGGAGUAAGGCAAACUGUCGUCUUCAGGGUUUUGGGGAAAGAAGUUCAUCACAACAUUUCAUAAUUGAGAUAAGAAUUCCUGAGUUGAUAGCCCUAAAGGGAGAUCCUGCAUCCUUUAACCCAUUUUCAGUCCAUUUUAAAUGGCUUCACUGAUGGUAGGUGUGUCCCAUGGCACGGGGCGGUCUUAAAAGCCACGAGAGGCAAUAACGUUAUGCAUGAACCGUUUUCCAGACUUCCAAAAAACAAACAAAAACACCAAACCAACCCAAUUGAGGUGUAGGCAAUCCGUUCAGAGCAGUUGCAAUAAAGUUUACAGAGCCUCCUUGCCUCGUAGCAGAUGUAAUUAUAAUGGGAGAACCCUGAAUUAACACUGAGUGGUAAAAGAGCAUUUUUUUUUUUUCCCCCCCUCUCUCCACGGCCUGAAAUUGUUUUUACCGGGAACAAAAACUGUUGUCAUUGGCUCCCCAAAUUCAGCAGGCGAGGCGCAUCCCUCUGUGGUUUCUUCAGGUCUGUUCCACUAAAAGUUUGUAUUGAAAAGGAAACUUCAAAAAAAAAUUCUCCUCGUUUUUGGUGUUCGCCCCCGAGCCCCGAGCGGUGCCGGUGGCCGGAGCCUGCCCCUGGUCCCGUGUGACCCCAAACCUUUCCACCUCCUCGCCCGGGGUGCGAGUGGCUGUACAUUGUUGCUUGUCAAUCUGUACAUUUAGACCAAAUUGUAUUUGCACUGUGGGUUUGGCAGCAAGUGACAGACCGUGGGGCGCGCGGGCGCCUGCGAACCGGGCUGAAAAACCUCAAUUUAUGUUCAGAGCAGCUGGGAUUUUUUUAAUGUCUGCAUUCUUUCUAAUAAACUGUUGAAGACUCCCUGGCUCUC